AUGAGGAAAAUUUAUUGUAGAAAUGACCACUUCAAGCGCAUCUUUGAAGGAUAUAGUGAUAGUUGUAGGUCUUAUAUUAGAAUGAGGCCUAAAGCCUUUUUCAAACUUGCGGAUGUUAUGCGAAAUCAUGGUUUUCUAAAGGACACAAAACACCUUCAAGUUGAAGAACAACUUGCUAUGUUUCUUUAUAUAGUGGGUCAUAAAACUAAAAAUAGAGUAAUAAGGACCGAAUUUAUAAGAUCGAGUGAAACGGUUAGUAGGUACUUUAAUAAGAUCCUACAAGCUAUGAACGGUCUUCGUGAUCGAUACAUGAAGCAAACACCUAAUGAGAUUCCACCGGAGAUUGUCAACAAUCCAAACUAUUUUCCUUACUUCAAGGAUUGCAUUGGUAUGAUAGAUGGAACACAUAUUGAUGCAAUAUUACCCUCUAAUCUAGUUGCACGGUUUAGAGGGCGUAAAUGUGUAACGCAAAAUGUUUUAGCUGCAUGCACUCCAAAUAAACUUUUCACAUAUGUCCUAGCUGGGUGGGAAGGAAAAUAUUAUCUUUGUGAUGCUGGAUACACUACCAUGUCUGGCUUCAUCUCUCCAUACCAUGGUGUUCGUUAUCACUUAAAGGAACAAAUUGGUAGGACACCCAGAAAUAGUAGGGAGUUAUUCAAUUUAAGACACUCUUCUUUAUGGUCUAAAAUUAAAUCAACCUUUGGCACAUUGAAGAAUCGGUUCACAAUUCUUUCGGCGAAGCCUAAUUACCCAUUCCCCACACAAGUGGACAUCGUCUUAGCAUGUACUAUAUUACAUAAUUUUAUUACAAUUGAAGAUCCACAAGAAGACAUCUUGAAUCAGAAUGUACUAAUUGAUGAGGAGAAUGAGGACGUGACAAACGAAUAUGAUUCAAACGUAGUUGACUUCAAUCAAUCUAGGACACAAAGAGAGGAGCGUGAUGCAAGAAAUGAAUGGAAGGACCUUAGGGAUCAAAUUGCAUGGACAAUGUGGGUUGAUUAUUGUGUAAAAUAUAAAGAUGGCGACACCACAGAAAUUGGCUUGUAG